UCAGGAAAACGGAAAGAAGGGGAAAAAGUUUCCGACGCGCCGGUAACAAUCUGUCAGUCAGUUGUAGAAUUCCGUCGGCGAGUGGAGCUGCUGCUGGGUGGGGAUGCAUGAGCGAGAGUUUCCAUUGUGCUCGUAGGGUUUUAUUAAAUAUACAAUUUAAAAGCUUAAUCGACAUGUUUGGUGCGGCGUUGGUUGGUUAGGUUUCUCACUGUUAGUGAAUCUGUUCGGUUCAGUCUUUCAAACUAGAACCUGCUUUACCUGGCGCUUUUUUUCUUUAAAUCCAAAUGGCGGGUGUGACACUUCAGGGUGGCUGCUUGCGGGGUUUGCCAGAGGGUGACUUGCUUGACCCAGUGUUCCAGCAGCGACUAGAAGAUGCCCGUGCCCUGCUCAGGCAAGAGAUACAACGAGAGCUGAAGAUCAAGGAGGCAGCAGAGCGGCUGCGGCGUGCCGUCACCAACAAAAAGAGUGCAGCUGAUGUGGAGGGUCAAUUACGUGCUUCCACUCGCAAACUGGAGCAGCUUCACUGGGAGCUUCAGGAGCUGAAUGCACGAGCUAUGGCUACUGAGAGAGAGACCCCCGCAGAUACUGCCAUUUCUCCAGACCCAUGCCACUGGGAGGACUCUACAUCUCCUCUGGGCAGUCGCAUUCGCACCCUAAAGAAGCAGCUCAACAUGGAGCUGAAGGUGAAGCAAGGAGCUGAGAACAUCAUCCAGAUGUAUGCCAGCUGUUCAGUUAAGGACCGAAAGAUGCUGUCCACAGCCCAGCAGAUGCUGCAGGAUAGUAGGACCAAAAUCGAGCUGCUGCGCAUGCAAAUUGUUAAAGUGGCUCAGGCCAGAGAUGGUGAACGAGAAGCCUCAGAAACAGUUGGGCGGCCUUCUGAGACCAUCAGCCCCCUGGAGCUGAGGAUGGAAGAGCUUCGGCAUCACCUAAGGAUCGAGGCUGCAGUGGCCGAAGGGGCCAAAAACGUGGUGAGGCAGCUUGGAGGCCGUCGCGUUCAAGACCGCCGUGCACUGGCUGAGGCUCAAGCUAGUCUCCAGGAGUCCUCCCAGAAGCUGGAUCUUCUGCGUCUGUCUCUGGAGCGGAGGCUCAUGGAGCUACCUGCAGAUCACCCCAAACGAGCUGACAUUAAAGAGGAGCUGACUGUGGGGGCCUCGCCCAUCCUGGGCCUGCAGAGAGACCGCCAUCACUCCUCGUCUGCCUCCUCAUCUUCGUUCUUUAAACCUGCCAGUCUUACAGGUCGGCUGGAAGUCAGAUUAAUGGGCUGUCAGGAUCUGUUGGAAUCCGUGCCAGGCCGCUGUCGCGUGGCCUGUGCUUCCUCCUCCCCCAGCAGCCCCUCAGAAGCCAAGUCCCUCAGAAUGAGGACCGGCCUGUCUACACGUAGCACCAAUGGCAAGAUGACCAAAACCGACGAACUUUGCACGGAAAUCAGUGCAGUUUUGAAGGUGGAUAACCGAAUGGUGGGUCGCACACACUGGCGGCCUGUGGGCAAGGAAGCCUGGGACCAAAGCUUCACCAUCGAACUGGAGAGGUCUCGUGAGCUGGAGAUCGGUGUGUAUUGGCGGGAUUGGAGAGCUUUGUGUGCUGUAAAGUUCCUGCGCCUGGAAGAUUUUCUAGACAACCAACGGCAUGGCAUGUGCCUUUACCUGGAACCACAAGGCACACUGUUCACUGAGGUGCGAUUCAUCAACCCGGUCAUUGAGCGGCACCCAAAGCUACAGCGACAGAAGCGUAUAUUCCCCAAAGAGAAAGGGAAAAACUUCUUGCGGGCAGCACAGAUGAACAUGAACUUUGCCACAUGGGGCCGUCUGAUGAUGAGCGUGUUGCCACCAUGCAGCAGCACUAUUACUGCAAUGAGCCCCCCUCUGGCUUCCACUGACUUGCCCUCUCCACCUCAACCCCAAGAGCCUAAUUUUAUCUCUCCUCCACCUGCAGACAAAAACUCCACAUCAACCCCUCCUCCACCGGGAGACUCAGCAAUCGUCAAACUGAACUUCAGCGAAGAGCGACCUCCCAAACCCCCACGUCUCUACCUGACAAAGACAGAGAGCCUGGCGUCCAUGAAAUUGAAAGGCAGCCAUGCUGAAGAUUGUAGAGGCAGAGUUGUGCUGCAGCCCAAUCCAAAGCAAACACAUGAGCUGCAAAUGGAUGAUUUCGUCUGUGUCUCUGUCCUUGGUAGAGGCCACUUUGGAAAAGUGCUGCUAGCAGAGUAUAAGAGCACAGGAAAGCUGUACGCCAUCAAAGCUUUGAAGAAAGGGGACGUGGUCACACGUGAUGAAGUAGACAGUCUGAUGUGUGAGAAGAGGAUUUUUGAGACCAUUAAUGCAUCUAGUCACCCAUUUCUUGUCAACCUCCAUGGCUGCUUCCAGACAAGUGACCAUGUGUGCUUUGUUAUGGAGUACUCACCUGGAGGUGACCUGAUGACCCACAUACACAGCAACAUCUUCACUGAACGCCAGGCCCGAUUUUAUGCUGCCUGUGUACUCCUGGGUCUAGAGUUUCUGCACCAGAACAAAAUUGUUUACCGGGACCUGAAACUGGACAAUCUUUUAAUGGAUGCUGAUGGUUUUGUGAGAAUAGCAGAUUUUGGGCUUUGUAAAGAAGGAAUGGGACACGGUGACCGCACAUCCACCUUCUGUGGAACUCCAGAAUUCUUGGCCCCUGAGGUUUUGACAGACAGCAAUUACACCCGCGCUGUGGACUGGUGGGGCCUUGGCGUACUUAUCUAUGAGAUGCUAGUGGGAGAGUCUCCAUUCCCAGGUGAUGAUGAAGAGGAAGUGUUUGACAGCAUCGUGAACGAUGAAGUGCGGUACCCCAGGUUUCUCUCCCCAGAGUCCGUCUCUAUCAUUCAGAAGCUGCUCCAGAAAACCCCAGAAAAGCGUCUCGGUGCUGGAGAGCAGGAUGCUAACGAGGUGAAAAGCCACAGGUUCUUUCAGGGAGUGGACUGGGCAGCCUUGCUAGCCAAGCGAGUGAAGCCUCCGUUCCUGCCGAGCAUUAAAGCCCCGGGUGACGUGAGCAACUUUGAUGAGGAGUUCACACGCCUGAAGCCUUUGCUUACCCCUCCGCACACACCCUGCGUCCUCACAGCCGAGCAGCAGGAGGUCUUCGCAGAUUUCGACUUCUCCUCACUUCACUGACUGCCUGAGACUUGAUGGACGAGCGCAACAUCGAGGCUCCAUCCCAAUCCUGCCAAGCUCUUUCUUUCUCUCUCUCUCUCUCUCUCUCUCUCUCUCUCUCUCUCACUCUCUACCUAUGCAGUAAAACCAAGUGAAGCUAAUUCACUGUCACAAGGCUGUACUCAUGUGCUUGAGCUACAUCUGAGUUUCUUCUGAUGAAGGAAAGUGUUGCAGGAAGUUGCUGCUGUUCUGUCUGCAAAACGAAGGAGAACCUGUCAUCACUGUGAGCCAAGCUUUUGUCCUGUCCUGCAACACAUUGCUACCGAGAUUGUGUGUGUGUGUGUGUGUGUGUGUGUGUGUGUGUGUGUGUGUGUGUGUGUGUUUGCCUGCUAUUAAAAGAAGAUCCAUGCCUCUACAAAGCACUGGUGUGCCUGCAGGUUUUCGUUCCAGCCAAUUCAGAGCCACGCCUGAUUACACAUUUGACUAUUAGGUGUGGAUCGUUCUUGGUUGGUAUGAAAAACCUGAACUCUAGAGCCCUAAAGUCACUACAGAUUUGUUCAGAUGAAGCCACCAGUCACUGCUUGUUACACUUAUCCUUUCUUCAGAUUCAUGAUUUCAGAUUUCUGCAGUGUAAUUGGACGUUUUCGAGCUUAGAGAUGUCUGGAGCUUUGAUGCACCCCUGCACUGAAACCGAGAGGGGGAAAAAAACAAAACAAAUGCUGAUCAUGUGUAUUUAUAUGUAUUUAUUGUUUUUUACAACCAAAGGAAGCUGACCAAAAGCUUCAUAAAGGUAAAUCUAAUCGAACCUCAGCUCUGUCCCUUAGAUCUUUAAUGUAUGUGAGAUUACACCAUUUUUCUGGUUACUUUUAUUUAGUGACGUAGUGGGUAGUGUUUGUCUCCUCACAGCUCCAGGGUCAUGGAGGUAGGAUUCUAUGUGCACUGGCUAUGUUGGAAUGCCCUUUUUGGUGUUUCUGGGCUUAAUUCCAGAUCCACAGCAACCCUAAGCAAGACAAUGCAGGUACUAAAGAUGUAGUAAAUAUUACUGAUGCCUUACAACGGAAGUCUAAGGACAAUUGUUGAAUCCUGAACAUGUGUAUUAAACCCGACAGUGAUUUAUACCAACUUAGAACUUCACAGCCACGUAAAGAUUCUGACUGAAGUUUGUAGGAAAGAGUUUAUUUCUCAUGGAUCUUUAGACAGAAUUCAGCAACUGCUCAUAGACUUUUGAGCACAUGGUGUGUGUUGUUUUUUUUUUUUUUUAUAAGUGAUGUCUCUCACAAGUUACAGACAGCAGAUGGAGUCUGUCAGAUUUCCAUUUCUGAACACAUUUAUUCAAUUCAAAAUAUGCACAAACUGAUAAUCAUGAUGUUUAACAAUGAAUUUUUGUUUGUGUUGCAUUGUUUGCUCAACGGAAUCCAAAGUAAUCUACAAACUUUUAACGUAACAGUGUAAACCCAUCAGGUUUUCUCUUUUGUACCUGUAGGCCAGUUAUGUCUAAUGAUCCAUAUUCUUGGCAUGUACCCAGUGUGUGUGUGUGUGUGUGUGUGUGUGUGUGUGUGUGUGUGUGUGUGUGUGUGUGUGUGUGUGUGGCUCUAUUUCCAGGAUCCUAAUGUCUGUCUGUCGGCUCUGAACUGAGCCCUUCGUCCUGCUGUACUCGAAACUGUAUACCACCUGUAGUGUAUUUGUGUUUUUAUUUUUUUUUUUGUUUUUUUGCUGUUAGACGCUAUGAUGCAGAGUUCUGAAGUAAUGGUUUACAGCUGAACAGUGAUACUGUGAGCAGAAACACUAAAGUAUUUAAAUGGGCUGUUCCCUUUAUACAAUGCCAAAUGAAGGAAAAAAGAAUCAUAAUGGAAGGGGAUGAAUGUAUUUUCACAAAUAAAAUACAAUAUGACUACA